AUGCGCUAAGUCCCGACUCAAAAUCGUUCCGACAGUUGGAUAGGUUCCUUCGUGAGAUAUUGUAUUCUCAUUAAGAAUGUCUAUUGAAGAAUAAAUGCUGACUAUUUUUUUAGUAAGAUAGAACUUUUCCAUAAUGACUUUAAACAAUUCAUUUGAAAAUUUUAUAAUCACAGCAUUGAAUGAACUCGAUUUUAUUUCAGGGCAUGCGAAUUACUAAAAUUUUGACGUGUUUUAGUAGUAAUACUAUAUUAGAUCUUUAGGAUUAGAAAAAAAGCCAAUAGCAGCUUGUAGAAUAGUAAAAUAACAAACAACAAUUUUUUCUAUGCAUGUUUCUGCUGAAUAUGUAUGAAUUAUAACAUGUGAAUCAAUGGAGAACGACUUGGUACUUUGCAAUCGAAAUUUAUUUUCGCACGCAUGCAUCCAUCGAAUUCGGAUCUGUGACUAACCCGAUGGGCUCUAGUGGCAGCUACUUUUAUCUAGAACUGCAAAGUUUUGUUAACGAUCUAUAUUUGUACGACUAAGGGAGUUUGAAUUAGCGAUGUGAAUCGAUGCAUUGAUUGACGAUUGAAAUUUUUCAAUGAAUGAAAUCUAAAUGUCUAUUUUUAUGUUUAGUACUUUCAAAAGGACAAGUGACAACUCGUUAUUAUCGUUUUCUUGCUAAAAAUGGUGGUUGGAUAUGGAUGCAAAGUUAUGCAACACUUGUUCAUAACAAUCGAUCAUCUCGACCUGAAGUUAUUGUUAGUAUAAAUUAUGCAUUAAGUGAUGUUGAAGCUAAACAUUUACAAUUAUCAAUAGAUCAACUUGAAAAUUCAUCAUCGGAUUAUAUUCGUUCAAAUCAAACAUUAAUAGUUAAUUCAAUUGAUAAUGAAAAAUGUUCAUCAACAAAUACAAGUUUAAAUUCUGCAUCAUCAUCAUCAUCAUCAUCAAAUCGUAGUUCAUCAAAAAUAUUAAAAACAACUCGUUUAAUAAAACAACGUAAAUUAUCACCAAUAAGAACUGAUUUACAUCAAACAAUAAUUGAUGAUUAUCCAUCAACAAUAUGUAAUAAUACAGAUGAACAUUAUUAUUCUUAUAAUACACAAACAAAUUAUUCAAAUUUUUCACUUUAUACAGCAGGAACAAAUAAUUAUUCAAAUUCAUUUAAUAAUCUUAAUGAAUCAAUGUAUUAUGAUCAAAAACGAAUAUCAUCUUAUGAUAUUAAUAAUAAACGAAUACGUCUUGAUAAUGAACAUCAUCAUCAUUUAUCAUUAAUUGAUUAUGAAACAAAUCUUCCGUCCGAAAAACUUGAUUUAUAUUCAUCAGCAAAUAAUUGUUAUGUAUCAACAAAUUAUCAAACUGAACAUCCAUAUCAUCAUACAUCAGUUAUUGUCGAUAGUCAACAGUAUUUUCUUAAUGGAUGGAAUGGAACUACGGCUUUUUGA